CACCGCGGCUAGGGCUGUCAGUGUAGCUGCGCUGGAGUGCGUCUCCGCCGGCAGGUGUUGCAGAGCGCGAACGCCGGGUCAAGGUGACGAGGGUGGGAAGGCGCGAGGGAAACCCGUCGCCAUCGCACGGCGGCGGGAACGACUGUGCUAACGGUCCUCACGCCUCUCCCGCUGCUUUCCCUCUCCGCCUUCCUUGCCCCUAUCUCCCGCUAAGUCUCCCUCAGCCUCCGGUGCCUCUCCGCCCGGAGUCCGAUGGCGGCGGCCGCGCUGAGGGACCUUGCUCAGAUUCCCGUGACUGCAAAGGCGCUUAUGGACUGCACUCAGGUGAGCGGAUGAUGUUCCAGGGCCUCGCUGGUGUCACCCCACUCUUUCCUCUGGAGCCAUGUCCUAGUACGCUUUGUCUGCCAUUCUUUGACACCUUGGGCCUGGGAACCCUGCAGAAACCGCCCAUCAUGGAGCAUAAAUCCAUAAAGUGUAUCGGUUAUGUGGAGUGGUUUCUAGUGCGACUCUUGGCAACCAGUGGGAUAAGAGAUACGGCUGUGUGACCUUUGAAGACGUGGCCAUUUACUUCUCCCAGGAGGAAUGGGAUCUCCUGGAUGAGGCUCAGAGACUCCUAUACCUGCAUGUGAUGCUGGAGAACUUUGCACUUUUAACCUCACUGGUGUGUUGGCAUGGAACUGAGGAUAAAGAACAGAGUAUUUCUGCAAAAGGAAUGUCACAAGUCAGGACUUUAAAGAAAAGUCUCUCUACCCAGAAGCCUCACCCUUGUGAAAUGUGUGUCCCAAUCCUGAAAGAUGUUUUGCACUUAGCUGAUCUACCUGGGCAGAGACCGAACUCUUCUGGAAUAUAUGCACACCUUCGCCAGGACCAGAAGCAUUGUAGUGCGAAGGAUUCACUCAGAAGACAGGUGGAUAGAGCCUCCCUUCUGAAGAACUUCAUAUAUCAUUUGUCAGAGAAGCCCUCCUUUUGUAGAAAGAUUGGAAAGGACUUCCUCACCAAGUGGGGCCUUCUUCACUCCCCAGCCAUUCCCAAAGUGGAAAAGCCAAACAAGACCACUGAUUGUAGGGAGACUUUUCACUGCGGGGAUAGUCAUCACCAGUCAGAUGAGUGCAGAAAAGCUUCCAGCCAGACACAUGCUGCUGUUCAGCGCCCAAGAGUAUGUUCUGGAGAAAGCACUUAUGAGUCAAGCAAAUGUGGAACUGCCUUCCGUGACAAAUACUCACUUGUUCCAUUCCAGAGAGCCCGCAGUGGAGGAAGACCUUAUGAGUGCAGUGAAUGUGGAAAAUCUUUUAGCCAAAAAGCUACCCUUAUCAUACAUCAGAGAGUUCAUACUGGAGAAAAGCCAUAUAAAUGUGACAAAUGUGAUAAGUCUUUUAGUCAAAGCUCCAACCUUAUUGAGCACUGCAGAACUCACAGUGGAGAAAGGCCUUAUGAGUGCGGGGAAUGUGGGAAGGCCUUUGGGUGCAAGUCCAACCUUGUUCGGCACCAGAGAACUCACACAGGAGAAAGGCCUUAUGCAUGUGCUGAGUGUGGGAAAUUCUUUAGACAGAGCUUCAGCCUCGUUGAACACCAGAGAAUUCACACUACAGCAAGGCCUUAUGCUUGUGGCCAGUGUGAGAAAUCCUUCAGUCAAAAAGCCACUCUAAUUAUACACCAGAGAGUUCACACUGGAGAAAGGCCAUAUAAGUGUGGGGUAUGUGGAAAAUCCUUUAGUCAAAGCUCCAACCUUAUUGAACACUACAGAAUUCACACUGGAGAAAGGCCUUAUGAGUGCGCAGAAUGUGGCAAAGCCUUUAGUCAAAGAGCCACCCUCAUUAGACAUCAGAGAAUUCACACUGGAGAAAGGCCUUAUGAGUGUACAGAAUGUGGUAAAUUCUUUAGACAAAACUUCAGCCUUAUUGAACACCGUAGAAUUCACACUACAACAAAAAUUUAUGAAUGUGGCCAGUGUGGAAAAGCCUUUAGCCAAAGAGCCACCCUCAUUAGACACCAGAGGGUUCACACUGGAGAAAGGCCUUAUGAAUGUGCAGAAUGUGGGAAAGCCUUUGGCUACAAAUCCAAACUUGAUCGACACCAGAGAACUCACACAGGAGAAAGGCCUUAUGAGUGUGGUGAGUGUGGGAAAUUCUUUAGGCAAAGCUACAGCCUCGUUGAACACCAGAGAAUUCACACCAGAGCAAGGCCUUUUGAGUGUGACCAGUGUGGGAAAUCCUUUAGCCGAAGAGCUGCUUUCAUAAAGCACCAGAGAGUUCACACUGGAGAAAAGCCUUACAAUUGUGGUGAAUGUGGGAAGUCUUUUAGUCGGAGCACCAGCCUUAUCCAGCACUGUAGAAUUCACACUGGAGAAAGACCAUAUGAGUGUGACCGGUGUGGAAAAUCUUUCCGGCAAAAGUCUGUCCUCAUUCAACAUCAGGUAGUUCACACUGGAGAAAGGCCCUAUGAAUGCAGCAAGUGUGGGAAGUCCUUUAGCCAACGCUCCAGCUUUUUUCAGCACCAAAAAUGUCACACCAUGGGGAGGCCUUGUGAAGGCAGGAGAUGUGGGAAAUCCCUCAACUCCAGGCCUAAUGUCGUUUAGCACCAGGAAGUCCACGCUUGUGAAAGGCCUUAGAGCUGCAGGAAAUGUGUUCUCUGUUUACUGUAAUGACACAGAGAGAGCCUUUAUGGGGAAUCCGUCGACCUGAAGAUGAACCUCAUACUUACAGGGAUCCAGGGGGGUGAAAUUCCUCCUGAGUCCCAGGAGCUCCAGGAAGAACUCUGCACGCCCUAGGCUGACUGGGCCUUUACCAGAAGCCACCUCUCCUGUAGCGUCUUGCACAACGUGCGUCGGUCACCCUGAUGUGCUGAGGCAAGGCAGAUGUCUGUUCUCUUCCAUGUCUUAGAGGAAAUCUUGAGUAGCCAGAGCCCUUGGAGUGGUGCCACGGGUCUGCGUUCCGGCUGAGAGGGCCUCAUGUGAGUUCAGGUCGAGGCUCAUGGGAAGGCUCACCUUCAUGGAGAUUCAGGGGCCCAGGUGGUCAGGUGAUGUUUACAGACCCCAAAUCACUGAAUGGUAACUUCUUACGUAGCGUUGCUCUUAUUUGUGUACUAAUAAAUUUUUUUCUUUUUUUCUCCUCAUCUUCUACCAGGGAGCUCUGUUACCAGCUUUGGAUAGGUGGAAUUCAGAACUGGGCUCUGUAUGAAAGGUUGGGCAGCUUUUAUGGGGUCUCCACGUUGUGUGCCUUAGUAGGGGCACAUUAAUGACAGAGUAGUCUGUUCUGUUGUGAUUUGUUUACAUUACUACCCAGGGAAGCAGGGCAGGGCUUUAUGGUCCGAUUUUUUUUGUCCUCAAUGCCUCUUUUUUUUUUUCUUUUUUAAGACUUUAGGCCACCCUAAAGAGGAGUCAGUUGUUACUAUUUUCAGUAUUACUUGAAAUAGCCCGAAUUUGUUCCAUUAUUCACACAUAAUGCCCAGCAUUGUUGAGGAGAAGCUUUUCAUCAGAUCUUAUAAAGAGCCAUAUGCCCUGAUGCUGGCAACAGUGUUUAGAAUAUUGGAGCCAGGUGUGUGCCAUUGAAAGAGAAAUACAAGAUGCAGUGAACACGGAAUAUAGGAGCUGGCGGCCAAACAAAUGGUCUGUGCUUCCUAUAGCAGUGUACACUAAAUCCCAGUGACCAUGGCUGUGAGCAGUCACAAUGCCCCCAAAUCUGUGUGUGUCCUAUGGUUGAGCUCACUGACAGAAAAUAUUAAGGCUUGGUGAAUUCCCAUUGUCUUUUGGAAUGUACAUCUGAAGUCUAAAUGCUAUACAUGCAAAAAGAUGAGAUUUUUAUUUUUGUCCAUCAGGUUUGUCUGUUGUCUCCGAUCAAAGCAGCCUUUAUUGCUCCCCAGUAUUGCACUGAUUUGGGAUUGCCUUUCCCCAGGUGUGAGCAGGGAGGUAACUGUGACUAUGGGUGCCAGACCUGGUUUCCACAAAGUGGGGCAUCUAGAAUUUUUAUUUUGCACCUUCAAAAAUUUAUUGUCCAUAGCCAGUGUUGUGCUGCAGCUUGUUGAAUAGCCACUUGUGAUGCCAGAAUCUCGUAUUAGAGUUCCAGUUUGAGUCCCAGCUGCUCCACUCCCAGGCCAGUUCUGCUAAUGUACCUGGGAAAGCAGUGGAUGACAUAACUCGAGUACUUGGACCUCUGCCAACCAUGUUGGAGUCCCAUAAGGAGUUUCAGGCCCCUGGUUUCAGGGACUGAACCAGUGGAUGGAAGAUCUCUCAUUCUGCCUUUCAAAUAAAUAAAUAAAUAAACCAUUUAAAAUUUAUAUAAUUGAUGUGCAAUAAUGUAUAUGCAUUUAAGUUAUGCAAUUUGAAGUUUUAUGCAUAUAAACUCAUGAACCAAUCAUAAUCUCAGUGAACAUGUUACAGUCACUCUGCCUUCCUCAGGCCUGCAGGUGUAAUUUUGCAUUCUUUAGAACUUUAUAUGAAUUCAGUCAUAAAUGUGUGUACUUUUUUCUGAUUUAUAUUCAUGCCUGAUCAGUAUUUAAAGCUUAUUGUUGCAAAUGUAAAUACUUCAUUCUUUUCAUUGCUAAGUAGUAUUCUGUUCAAUGGAUGUGCAACUGUUUAUCCAUUCAUCUACUAGUAGACACUUGCAUAAUUUCCAGUAUUGUGCUAUUACAAAUAAAGCUGCAGUGAACACAGGCAUACAGUUCUUUAUAUGGAAACAUAUUUCAUUUCUCCGUGGCUGAUAAUUUAGUUGAAUGUCUCACUUUUUAAGAAAUGCAAAAUUCUGAUCUAAACUCGUGUCCAUUGAAGUCCCAACAGCAGUGUCCGUACCUGGUAGUCUGACUUUCUAAUUUUGACUGUUGAAUGUGUAAUGUCAUCUCACUGUGGUUUUGGUUGUGUUUCUCUGAUGUUUCAUUAUAUUGAGCAUUUUUCACCUGUCUAUUUGCUACCUUUAUAAGAUUUUCAUAACAUUUCUAUUACUACUGGUCUAUUUUAGUUGGUUGGUUAAUAUUUUCAUUAAAAAUAAACAUGUUCAACAAAACAUGUUGCAAAUAUAUUCUUCCACCAUGUGAGUCACUUACUUGCUAAAUGGAAUAAUUGAAUCCUAGAAGAGUUAUUUGCUUUACUAUUAUGAUAUUCAUAGUGCCUAGACACCAUAAUUUUAUGUAAAGGUUAGUCUGCACUAACAUAUACUACAUCAUGUUCUUUAGCCAUUCAAAAAACAAACCUUGGUUUUGGUGUUUGUUAGCAUCUCUGGUGUAAACAUUCCCACUGUGGUCAUUUCCAAGUUGCCAAAAUAAUUUCAGUGAACAUAAAGUUGGGGAGAGUUGUGCAGUAGCACAUCAAGGCGUUUCAUUUCCACCACACUGAUAAUGGUAGCCAGAAGUAGACUCAAGCACAUAUGUAGAGCUACAUACAAAUAAAAUAACAGUAGGGGCUGGCACUGUGGCACAGUGGAUUAUAAGGCCCCAGUCUACAGCGCUGGCAUCCCAUAUGGGUGCCGGUUCGAAUCCCGGCUGCUCCACUUCUGAUCAGCUCUCUGCUGUAGCCUGGGAAGGCAGUAGAAGAUGACUCAAGUCCUUGGGCCCCUGUACCCAUGUGGGAGACCCAGAAGAAGCUCCUGGCUCCUGCCUUCGGAUCAGCACCAGUCCAACCACUGCGGCCAACUAGGGAGUGAACCAGCAGAUGGAAGACCUCUCUCUCUUUCUCUCUCUGCCUCUCCUUCUCUUGCUGUGUAACUCUGACUUUUGAGUAAAUAAAUAAAUCUAAAAAUAAAAACAGUAAAAAUAAGUGACAUUUGCAGUGCAUAUUAUGUUUGCUCUUUUGAAAUAGUUCAACAAAUUGUGUAUAUUUAAUGGAUACAAUUUGUUUUUUGAUAAUACUUAAACCUUUCAAACCAAAAAUGUCCCCCUGCUUUUUUAAUACAUGUCUGGCAACAUUAAA